AUGGUUGCUCCUCCGUCGGCUUUUCUGCUACGACAGAAGCAACUGUUUGUGCAUCAGUCAUCGGGUCGAGUACACGGACAACUGCGGAUAUGGCGGGCUGCCUUGGUCUGUAUCGCUCUUUCCAGCUUCUGGCGUGCACUGCUCGCGGCUGUUGGAAGGCUUCGUACCCGCAGCUCCCAACGAAUGGACAAAGGAAAGAAGGAAUGCAAACGAACCUCCGUACAACACCAUUCCAAAACACCGCGGCACGACGAGCAGAUACUUAAGACUCGAAAAGAACGAAUAGAUUCGAAGACAGCAGAAGGGAAGCAUCAACGGUCUGAAAACAAGAAGCUAGGCUGCCGUGAUAGGCAUCACGAUGCGGUUUUCCCGGUGAAUCCAAGGUCGGGCAAACAGACCACUUGGACAGAAGCGACGGACAGCACUGGAGACAUGUAUACAUAUCGGGGUGGAGCAGAAAGAGGGCAAUCAUGUGCACAAUUAAUGCACAUCACUGAUGUUCAUUUUCGAAAAAAGGACGAUGUCCAGCCGGAAGCGGGAUUGGGCCAAGAAACCCAGACUGCGGAAGAUACAAUCGUGUAUACGGCUCUAGAUUCGUGGUCGAUCAUCAUCGCAGACCUCGAAACGCACUUCGCUCAGGACAUACAGGCAAGAUGA